UGAAAAUAUAAACAAAAAUGAUCUGAUCUUAAAUGAAAAGAAAGACAAAUAUCAUGCUAUUUGGUUCGGAGAAAAUUAUACAAAAUACUAGUUCAAAUUUCUCUCUUGUUGCUUGUAAUACCACAACAUUGGAGAGAGCCGACACUUUUAAAUAUCUAGGGGUUUAUAUUGACACAACUCUUCAAUUUGAUAAACCCAUUAAAGAUGUAUGUAGUAAAAUUGGAAGGAAGCUUGGAGGAUUGUGUGGUCAGCGCCACUGUGUAAGCUUUACAGCAAGGUUUAAAUGAGUUACUUGUGUUCCCUAUUCUAGACUAUAAUGAUGUGAUGUGCGGGUCUGCUAGUGAGGAAUCGCUGAAGAAGAUCGAUACAAUGUGUAACAGGAUGUGUAUCUGUGUGCUCCCGUGUACUCCGCUAGCGCAUCACUGCAGCGCGUAUUCUACAUUAAACUUGCGAUCGCCUGCUAACACAAGGAAUUAUCACUGGAAUCGGAUUCUCUUUAAAGGGGCACACAACACAUUACCAGUUUAUUUAAACAGCUUGUUUCUGAGUUUACCUGUAAAUACAGCCUAUUGUAAUGUCUGAGACACACAAUACUUUAAUAUACCUUCUGGAAAAAGUGCUGCGGGAAGAAAGUCUUUUUUUAAUAUCAUUUGUUUAAUUCCUAAUCUUAACAUUGUAAUAUUUGUUGGGGGAUUUAGAAACAGUUUCAUAGAAUAUCUGAUUCGGCAGUUUCUGCUCCCCCUGCUUGUCUAGACCUGGCCUCAGUCCCAAACCCCGCCUCUCAGAGCUUUACACAACUCCAGGAAAUCAGCGCAGUGAAGUUUCGUUUCUUGUGAAAUCGUCAGUCUCUCUGUCUCGCUGCAGCAGAAAUGGCAGAAGCGAAUAUUCUGGUAGCGCAUGACCAGUUUAGCUGUUCAGUGUGUCUGGAGAUAUUGAAGGAUCCAGUCACUAUUCCAUGUGGACACAGUUACUGUAUGGGGUGUAUUAAGAACUGCUGGGAUCAGACUGAUCAUACAGGUGUCUACAGCUGCCCCCAGUGCAGAGAGACUUUUACCCCAAGGCCUGUUCUGCGCAGAAACACCAUGCUGGCUGAAGUUGUGGAGAAAUUAAAGAAAACAGGACUCAAUCCUCCUCCUGCUCAAAGUUAUGCUGGACCUGGAGAUGUGCCGUGUGAUUUCUGCACUGGGAGAAAGUUCAAAGCUGUGAAAUCCUGUUUGACGUGCCUGGCCUCUUACUGUGAAACACACGUCAAGCCACACUAUGAGGGGGCUGCUUUCAAGAGGCACAAGCUGAUCAAUGCAAUUGGAAAUCUGGAGCAGAAGCUUUGUGCUGAACACCAGAAGGUUUUGGAGGUCUUCUGCAGAACCGAUCAGACGUGUAUUUGCUUGUUGUGUACACAAGAUGAACACAAGAGCCAUGAUACAGUCUCAGCUAAGAAGGAAAGGAGUGUGAAACAGAAGCAGCUGGGAGAGACACAGAUUGAAAUACAACAGAGAAUCCAGGAGAGACUGAAAGAAAUUGAAGAGCUGAAACAGGCUGUGGAGACACUGAAAAGAUCUGCAUGCAUAGAAAUAAAGGAAAGUGAGAAGAUCUUUACUGAGCUGAUCCGAUCCAUUGAGAAGAUCCACACUGAGGUUAUUGAGCUGAUUGGAGCUAACGAGAAGGCUGCAGUGAAUCAGGCUGAAGGACGCAUGAAGAAACUGGAGCAGGAGAUUGCUGAGCUAAGGAGGAGAAACGCUGAACUGAAACAGCUUUCAGAGACAGAGGAUCACAUCCAUUUUCUACAGAAUUUCCAGUCUCUCUGUGCCCCUCCUGAAGCUGGAGACUUACCCAGCGUUACUGUCAAUACAGACAUCUCUUUUGUGGCUGUGAGGAAAGCUGUAUCUGAACUUAAAGACCAUAUUGAGGACUUCUGCAAGGGGGAAUUAGUCAAAAUAACCACAACAGUUGCAGUUUACAGUCUGCAGGCUCCAGAGCCAAGGAACAGAGCUGAGUUUUUAAAAUAUUCAUGUCAGCUCACACUGGACCCCAACACAGCGCAUAGAAACCUCUGUCUGUCUGAAGAGAACAGAAAGGUGACAUGCAGGAGAGAGACCCAGAGAUAUCCUGAUCACUCAGAGAGAUUUGACUACUGGGCCCAAGUGCUUUGCAGAGAGGGUUUGUCUGGGACUCGCUGUUACUGGGAGAUUGAGUGGAGUGGGGGAUUGGCUUCUAUAGGAGGCACAUAUAAAGGAAUCAGCAGGAAAGGAGGGGAUCAUUCCUGUGGCCUUGGAUUCAAUGACAAGUCCUGGAGUUUGGACUGCUCUGACUCCAGUUACUCUGCCCGGCACAAUAACAAUCAAACUGCAAUAACUGCCCCCCGCUCCCCCAGAAUAGGAGUGUAUCUGGACUUUAAUGCCGGCACGCUGUCCUUUUAUGGCGUCUCUGACACAAUGACGCUCUUGCACAGAUUCCAAACCACAUUCACUGAGCCGCUCUAUCCUGGGUUUAGUUUUGAUUGGUUUGAUUUGUUUUCUGGUUCCUCUGUAACAAUCUGCCAGCUGAACUAGACUGUUUUGUGUUGUAAGAAACCCUUUGUAUUGAACUCCCUGUCUGUCCUCUCCACUCCUCGGGUGAAGGGAAUGUUCAAUCUGACACAACUUUGUAUGAAAGUUAGGGGGUAAAACGGCGCCACCUGCAGAGUGAAAUGAGGUGAAUUAUUUGUUUUUAGCAACGAAUGGAUUUCAUAGGAAGUAACUGUAUUUAAUUUAUUUAAGAAUUGUUAUGUUUUAUAUAUAUUUUAAAAAAUGGCAUCCAAUAGUCAGUGCUGUAACAGUUUUUAAAAAAGUGAACUUAAGUUUGCUUUAUUGUGUGUGUUUUUGUUUUUUGAUUUCCAAAAAAUAUUUAAUAUUUCAGAUUUUAGCAAUGUGAUUUAAUAAAAAAAAAUUAA